AUGGGGCUGCCACUAGCUCGCCUGGUGGCUGUGUGCCUAGUCCUGGCCUUAGCCAAGGGCUUGGAGCUCCAGAAAGAAGCCAGAUCCCGAAACCAUGUCUGCAGCACCUGGGGUGACUUCCACUAUAAAACUUUUGACGGCGACGUCUUCCGAUUCCCCGGCCUCUGUGAUUACAACUUUGUGUCUGACUGCCGAGACUCCUACAAGGAAUUUGCCGUGCACCUGAAGCGGGGCUUGGGCGAGGCUGGGGGUCACUCCCAGAUAGAGUCCGUCCUGAUCACCAUUAAGGAUGACACCAUCUACCUCACCCACAAGCUGGCAGUGGUGAAUGGGGCCAUGGUCAGCACCCCACACUACAGCUCCGGGCUGCUCAUUGAGAAGAACGAUGCCUACACCAAGGUCUACUCCCGUGCUGGCCUCUCCCUCAUGUGGAACAGGGAAGAUGCACUCAUGGUGGAGCUGGACAGCCGGUUCCAGAACCACACCUGUGGUCUCUGUGGGGACUUCAAUGGCAUGCAGAUCAAUUAUGAAUUCCUCUCUGAAGGCAUACACUUCAGUGCCAUUGAGUUUGGGAACAUGCAGAAGAUCAACAAGCCUGAGGUUGAAUGUGAGGACCCUGAGGCAGUACAAGACCCGGAGUCAUGCUCUGAACAUCGAGCCGAAUGUGAGAGGCUGGUGCAGGAGACUGUCAGAUCCUCGGAAAUGUCACUGCCCUUUCUCAUACAGAGCGAACACAAUGACUCCUAUGCCCUACUGGGUGAGCUGGCCUCCUGCGGCUCUACAGACAAGCAGACCUGCCUGAAGACUGUAGUGCUGUUGACCGAUAAGAAGAAGAACGUGGUGGCCUUCAAAUCAGGUGGCAGUGUGUUGCUCAAUGAGAUGGAGGUGACCCUGCCCCAUGUGGCAGCAAGCUUCUCCAUCUUCCAACCCUCCUCCUACCACAUUGUUGUGAACACCAUCUUUGGGCUGCGGCUGCAGAUCCAGUUGGUUCCAGUCAUGCAGCUUUUUGUGACUCUGGACCCAGCUGCCCAGGGACAGGUGCAGGGUCUCUGUGGGAACUUCAACGGCCUAGAGAGUGAUGACUUCAUGACGUCUGGUGGGAUGGUGGAGGCCACGGGUGCUGGCUUCGCCAAUACCUGGAAGGCCCAGUCAAGCUGCCAUGACAAACUGGACUGGCUAGAUGACCCCUGCUCCCUCAACAUUGAGAGUGGAAGGUCUGGUGGACCAGGUCCUCCAUGGUGGCCUGAGCCCCAUUUCCUAUAUCCACCAGGUUGUUACCCUCGGUGCCCUGAGGACAGGCCCAUCUAUGAUGAGGACCUGAAGAAAUGUGUCACUGGGGACAAGUGUGGCUGCUAUAUUGAGGACACUCACUAUCCACCUGGAGAAUCUGUUCCCACUGAUGAGAUCUGCAUGUCUUGUACAUGCACCAACACGUCAGAGAUCAUCUGCCGUCCAGAUGAAGGGAAGAUUUUUAACAUGACCCAGGAUGGUGUCUUUUGCUACUGGGAGAUCUGCGGACCCAAUGGAACAGUGGAGCAACACUUCAAUAUUUGUGGCUCCUCUACGCCAAUCCCAUCCACCUCGACAAACUUCACCACAAUCUCCACCCCCAUCUCUACCACUCCCAUCUCCACCACCAUUACCACCACCACAGCCACUGCCACCACCAAAGUACCUUGCUGCUUCUGGUCUGACUGGAUCAACAACCAUCAUCCUAGCAGUGGCCCUGGUGGUGGUGAUCGAGAGACCUUUAAUCAUGUCUGUAGUGCUCCUGAGGACAUUGAGUGCAGGGCAGCCACAGAGCCCAAACUCAGUUGGAAAGAGCUGGGCCAGAAGGUACAGUGUAAUAUCUCAGAGGGGCUCAUUUGCAAUAAUGAGGACCAGUAUGGACUUGGGGAAUUUGAACUUUGUUAUGAUUAUGAGAUACGAGUCAACUGUUGCUAUCCAAUGGAAUACUGUCCUACUUCAACCAUCUCACCUACAACUUCAACAACAACAACCUUGUCUACCAGUCCACCUACAUCUUCACCAACCACCUCACCAACUACCCCAUCAACCACCUCACCAACUACCCCAUCAACCACCUCACCAACCACCUCACCAACUACCCCAUCAACCCCAUCAACCCCAUCAACCACCUCACCAACAACCUCACCAACCACCUCACCAACUACCCCAUCAACCACCUCACCAACCACCCCAUCAACCACCUCACCAACCACUUCACCAACCACCUCACCAACUACCCCAUCCACCACCUCACCAACCACUUCACCAACAACCUCACCAACUACCCCAUCAACCACCUCACCAAUUACCCCAUCAACCACCUCACCAACCACCUCACCAACUACCCCAUCAACCCCAUCAACCCCAUUAACCCCAUCAACCACCUCACCAACAACCUCACCAACCACCUCACCAACUACCCCAUCAACCACC